UGGAAUAUGAUGUUCAUGAAAGUCGCAUCAGAUAGCUAGAUUCCUUUCCGUGAUUGAAUUGUUAACCAUCUGCCACUCUUUCUUCUUCUAAUGGGCCCCUUGUCGUGUUUGUAGUUCGAUUGGUCGAUCGUCAUUCCGAAGCCACUUUCUUCCACCUACCCUCCCUCUUCCUUCAAUGGCUUAUUACCAACCCUCACACUUGUUUAUUUCACCUCAGCUGGUGAUCUCCUCCUUCCUUCCUGCUGGAUUGAAAUCAUUUCCCUGAUUAUUAUGGAUGCAACAGUGUUUACUCUUCUUCCUCUGUCUUAUUCGCCUACUAAGGGAUUCAAUUCCUCAAGAUCCGGUUUUCUCUUGCCGCAUGGAAGCAGGAAGCCAUGUAGGUUUCUAGUUCACUGCUCAAAAAAACAUGCCGGUCGAUUGGUUCAGGCCACUGCCGUGAGCAUCGGAUAUUCAGGGAAAGAAAGGGUUGAUCUGAGUGAAAACUAUAGCUUAAAUGGUAUAAGAAAUUGUUUAAUUCAACAAGAGGACAGCAUAAUCCUUAGCCUCCUUGAGAGAGCUCAGUAUCGUCUUAAUCCAAACACAUAUGAUCCUGAUUCGUUUUCUUUGGAGGAAUUUGAUGGAUCCUUGGUUGAAUAUAUGGUUAAAGAAACAGAGAAACUCCAUGCUCGGAUUGGAAGAUAUAAUAGUCCUGAUGAGCAUCCUUUCUUCUUAGGUUCCUUACCCAAACCAAUACUGCCUCCUUUGAAUUACCAACAGGUCCUUCAUCCAGCUGCUAGUUCAAUCAAUAUUAACAAGAAAGUGUGGGAAAUGUACUUCGAAGACCUUCUUCCUAGAUUAGUGGAGGAAGGAGAUGAUGGCAACUGUGGAUCAGCUGCCUUCUGUGACACAAUUUGUCUCCAGGCUCUUUCAAAGAGAAUUCAUUAUGGGAAAUUUGUAGCGGAGGCAAAGUUUCAGGCUUCACCUGAUGCCUAUGAAGCGGCUAUAAUAGCGCAAAACGCGGAGUGGCUGAUGGACCUGCUGACAUAUCCGGUGGUGGAAGAAUCGAUAAAGAGAAGAGUGGAGAUGAAAGCCAAAACUUAUGGAGAGGAGGUGGUGAUGAAUGAAGAAGAAGAAGAAGAUGAUGAUACCAUUUGCAGAAUUAAGCCAUGUCUGGUUGGUAAUCUGUAUAAAGACUGGAUCAUGCCAUUAACAAAGGAAGUCCAAAUUCAGUAUUUGUUAAGGAGGUUGGAUUAACCACCAUUUACCAAUUAGGUUUCUAUUUACAAUUCCUCUAUGUUUUAUGUUUCCUUUUUUAUUUACAAUAAUUGUGUGACAUGUGUGUAUAAAUUUAGCUUGUUUUAUUUAAAACAUAGGAAAGUAACUAAACCUAUAUAAAUAUAUAUAUAUAUAUUU